GCCGUUCCCAUCCUUCCUCGGUUGAGACGCUAUUGCUUCGUCGAUGUGAUCCAAACCCUCUUCUCGGUGCCCCUCCUGGACCAUGGAGCUCGCUGCAUCGAGCUCUCUCCUAUUCUCCUCCCUCCCCCUCGCCCCAUCCCCACCAAAAGCCCCUUUCCGCUCGAUUCCGCGCAAAUGUUUCGUUCCACGCAAUUCCGUCAAUCCACCGCUAGAUGACCAGAAUGAGGAGGAAGCCAAGAAGAAUUGCACCAUGUUGCUCCAGCUCUCCGUCACCAUGACCGUCAUCUCCUCCUCGCUUCCGCUGCCACGUGCUCACGCUGGGGUCACCGAGAAGAAGCCGAGGCCAAAGCGCCCGGCGGAGACCCUUUCCCCUGAGGAGCUCAAAUCCUGGUCCCGCGGCCUCCCCACUGUCGGCGACCGUAUUCCAUAUACCGAAAUCUUGACCCUUAGGGACGAAGGGAAGCUCCGGCAUAUCGUGAAGCCACCUUCCGUCACCUUGAAGCUGCGGCCGAACCUGGUGCUCGUCGUCCUCGAUGAUUCCAGGGUCCUUCGGGCGGUGCUGCCGGCGGCCGAGAGGGAUGAGAGGUUUUGGGAGUCCUGGGAUCGGCUCGAGUUGGAUUCUUUUUGCAUCAAUGCAUAUACCCCCCCGGUCCGGAAGCCGGAAGUCCCCACCCCCUAUUUGGGGUGGUUGGUAAACAUUCCAGGCCACUUUCUGUCAAUGGAGAAGCCCAAACCCAAGUCAAAGCGUGUGUUGGAGCUUGAGAAUGCACGGAAGGAGCUGGCAGAGAGGCGGAGAGAAGAGUUAGCAAGAGUGAGGGCAGAGAGGGAGGCGAUGGAGAAAAUUAUGAAGGCACAGAAGAAGGCGGAGGAAAGGAAGAGGAGGAAACAGAUUAAGAAGGCCAAAUACGAGGAGUCGCUACGGCAGGCUAGAAAGAAUUAUCAGCGGAUGGCCUAUAUGUGGGAUGAUAUGGCGAGGGACAAGAAUGUUGCCACUGCUAUUGGGUUCGUGAUAUUCUACGUCUUCUACAGAACUGUUGUGCUUAAUUAUAGGAAGCAGCAGAAGGAUUAUGAAGAUAGGCUGAAGAUUGAGAAGGCAGAGGCAGAGGAACGGAAGAAAAUGAGGCAGUUGGAGAGGGAAAUGGCAGGACUUGAGGGACCAGGGGAAGAUGAGAGCGAGGAGAGAGGAGAUGAGCAGAAUCCUUAUAUGAAGAUGGCAAUGAAGUUUAUGCAGUCAGGUGCUCGGGUGAGGCGAGCGAAUAGUAAAGUACCACAAUACUUGGAGAGGGGAGUCGAUGUCAAGUUUAGCGAUGUUGCUGGUCUUGGGAAAAUAAGGCUAGAGCUUGAGGAGAUUGUGAAGUUCUUCACAUUGGGGGAAAUGUACAGGAGAAGAGGCAUCAAAAUACCAGGUGGCAUACUUCUGUGUGGGCCUCCUGGUGUGGGUAAGACAUUAUUAGCGAAAGCUGUUGCUGGUGAGGCUGGUGUGAACUUCUUUUCAAUUUCAGCUUCACAAUUUGUGGAAAUAUAUGUUGGUGUUGGUGCUUCUCGUGUUCGUGCACUGUACCAAGAAGCCAAGGAAAAUGCUCCUGCUGUUGUGUUUAUUGAUGAACUAGAUGCUGUUGGAAGAGAACGUGGUCUUAUCAAGGGUUCUGGUGGACAAGAACGAGAUGCCACACUCAAUCAGCUCCUUGUAUGCUUGGAUGGCUUUGAAGGAAGAGGCAAUGUAAUUACCAUAGCUGCAACCAAUAGACCAGAUAUCCUUGAUCCAGCUCUUGUGAGACCAGGGCGGUUUGAUAGAAAAAUAUUCAUACCAAAGCCUAGUCUAAUUGGUCGAAUUGAGAUUCUGAAGGUUCACGCUCGGAAAAAGCCAAUGGCUGAUGAUGUGGAUUAUAUGGCAGUUGCCAGUAUGACUAAUGGAAUGGUUGGUGCUGAGCUGGCAAACAUUAUUGAAAUUGCUGCCAUUAAUAUGAUACGUGAUGGAAGGUCUGAGAUAACAACUGAUGACUUAUUACAAGCUGCACAAAUUGAAGAAAGAGGAAUGCUUGAUAAAAAGGAUAGGAGGCCAGAGAUGUGGAAACGAUUGGCUCUAAAUGAAGCAGCUAUGGCUAUUGUAGCUGUCAACUUCCCUGAUCUAAAGAACAUUGAGUUUAUAACCAUUGCACCUCGAGCUGGCAGAGAAUUGGGUUAUGUGCGAGUCAAGAUGGAUCAUAUUAAAUUUACAAAAGGAAUGCUUAGCCGCCAGUCCCUGAUUGAUCAUAUCACUGUUCAGAUAGCCCCUCGGGCUGCUGAUGAAAUCUGGUUUGGUGAGAAUCAGCUGAGUACAAUUUGGGCAGAAACAGCAGACAAUGCAAGGUCAGCUGCACGUUCCUUUGUUCUUGGUGGCCUCUCAGAAAAAUAUCAUGGACUGUCCAACUUCUGGGUUGCAGAUCGGAUCAAUGAUAUUGAUCUGGAGGCACAGCGGUUACUGAACAAUUGCUAUGAUCGAGCAAAAGAGAUAUUGCGACGCAAUAAAGAGUUAAUGGAUGUGAUAGUUGACCAAUUAGUUCAGAAGAAAAGUCUCACCAAGCAGGAGUUCUUUCGCCUGGUGGAGGAAUAUGGUCAUGUUGAUCAGAUGCCGAAAAAUAUUAUUGAUAUAAGGAAAACGAAGCUUUUGCAAUUUCAACAAAUGAUGAUGGCUGGGAAGGAACGAGCUCAGGGAAGCCUUGUCUGAUAUGCUAGAAGAAUUAUCGUUAGAUGCCUGCCGCAGUAUUUGGGAUUGGCACAUAUGGAUCAGUUAUUAUCCUUCCAAUUUGCUGUGCUCAGAAUCAGUCCCUGUUCCCGAGUUAAAAAUUGGAGCAUAUUGUUACAAUUGGCGUCAUCACUAUGGUGCCGAUAUCGUCUUCUUAGCAAGAUAGCAUCACAGCUACUUCCCAUUCUGGUGGUGCUGAUACUUUGGAAAGUCUGAGAGCUUUUCUCAUGUUUUUUCUUAUGGCAUGAUGAGUAUCCAUGUGAUUGCACAUGCAGAGUUGAGAUGGUUGGAAGAUGUCCAAAUUCCUGAUAUCUGAUUUGGAUCAGAUUCAUAGCGGAUGGAGGUAAAUCAAGAGGUUCCAACCUGCAAAUUUUGUGCCUUGCUCAUCCACCACCAACUAAAAAAUUCUAAGCCUUGUAGCGCUCUGCUGUUAUUUCUUUUGAUCAUUGAACUGUGCUUUUGUUAUGUUUAGGUAAAGUGAUUUCUUGAUUCUGCUCCAUAGAGCAGACUUUAUUGUGGACAAAGCCAACCCAAAAUAGAUUCAUUGGAAGAUAAAUCGGACAAA